UCAGCUGAUCGACGGAUUUUGUUCGUGUGUAUUGUUGACGUGACGCAGGAGGAUAAGAUUUCCAACGUUCAACUUCAGUCGUCUCUUUUGUGUCAGAACGAGCUGAGAUCGUCUGCUGAAUUGAAGCUUCGUGGAAUUUUAUUCUCUAUGAAGAAGAGUUUUCGGUAAAUUAAAAGAUCGAGUCAAAACAAAAGAAUUCCAGCUGAUAUAGCAUCUUCACCCUACCAAAGCGUAGGGAAACGCACGAAACUCAACACAUCUACUCAACAUUCGGUCUUGCUAUUUAAACGCCUUCAUCAUGCAUUCCUGCUGCCAUCGGAGGGUGUGGAGCACCAGCUGAUAUUUGCAUUUCCAGUUUUGAACUUGGAAGAACGGACAAGAAUGCGGCACUUUCAGGACUCCAGAGAUCUGUGGAAACAACAGCUUGUGUGCAGGCUGCAAAUGAACAAGACACAAUUCCUAGCUAGACUACCUAAUAACUACUUCAUGAAUAUAGAAAAGACAAUGGCCAGCCAAGUGAUACUGAGAACUACAAGGGAGUUGAUACUCCCAUUGAAUAAUACACCCUAUAAUAAACACUUAGUUAUAGCCUCCAGUAAUUAGAGGGUAUUUUGCAUGCACAUGCGUCAUCGCGCAGCUGCUCUUGAUUAUGUAAAUGGUGACGUUUGCAUGAAACCUUUGAUUAAACUGAAUUAUAUUUUUGCUGUAAUUAAUUGGAUGCUGUUUGAUAAAAAUGAACCAGAAAAACGCGGGGAAACUUGUGGAAGAAGGUGGAACUGGCAGCGUGAGGGAUGUGGAAGUGUUGAUCCUUGGUGCAGGCGCGGCGGGACUGGGUGCGGCCAGCACUUUUCUGAGUCAAGGUUUUGACCAGUUUUUGGUUAUUGAAGGGGCAGACCACAUCGGUGGGCGGGUUCAUGAUGUUGAGUUUGGCGGGAUCCGUCUUGAGAAGGGGGCUAAUUGGCUGCAGCCCAUCGGAGGGCCCAUGAAGAAGAUUGCAGAGAAAGCUGAUUUGGAAUGCCAGAAAGUUGAAGCUGAGGUCAAUCAACACAAGCUGAUGGUCAUGAGUGAGAAUGGAGAAGUUAUCCCGGAGUGGGAAGUGGAGCAAGUUAUCACUGAAGUCUGUGACAUUAUGGUGGAGGCUGGUGACUUUGCAGCCAAUAGUUUGAAUAGUGAGCUGACUAUGAGGGAUUUCAUGGCCGACAGGUAUUGUUCUGAUAGCUCAUCAGAUGCCCUCCGUAAGGCUGUCGAGUGGUAUGUCUUUGAUUUUGAGUAUACAGUCCCACCAGAGCAAGCUUCACUUGAUGUGGGGCACUGGGAUCGUGUAGGUAGCUCAGGGUUUGUGAUUGAUCAGAGGGGCUUCAAGAUCAUCUUUGCUGAUGUGGUCGCCCGCCUGGUUGAAAAGAGGCGCCUCCUGUUAAAUAGAAAAGUUAUCUCCAUCGACCAUUCGCAGAUUGAGAAGGUCUGUGUGACAUGUGCAGAUGGCACAGUCUUUCGCGCAGAUGCCGUGCUGCUCACAUUCAGUCUUGGCGUGCUGCAGAGCGGUCUCGUAGAAUUCACCCCACCGCUGCCACAUUGGAAAACCACCGCCCUCAACCAUACCCCCAUGGGGGCUUUUACCAAGAUCUUCCUCAAGUUUCCCCGUAAAUUCUGGGAUGACAGCGAGUGGAUCAUGCACGUGAGUGACCGGAGGGGUUACUACCCGGCCUUCAUGAAUAUGGAGGCCCAGGGUCUGUUCCCCAUUGGUACCAACAUCCUGAUUGCAUUUGUAGUUGGGGCUGAAGCUCAACGGGUAGAGAACCAACCACUAGACACCACCCGAGAGGAGAUUGUCACUGUCAUGAGAGGCCUGUAUGGGGAACAGCAAGUGCCAUCUCCAACUGAUAUCAUGCUGUCAGGUUGGCUGAAUGACCCCCUCCAGAUGGGGGCAUUCUCCGCCCCUCUACCCGAUGGUGCCCCAAGUAAAAUUCUCCAUCAGCUCCAAACUCCGGUUGGGAGAAUCUUCUUCGGGGGUGAGGCUACAGAUGACAAGUUUGCGGGGUUUGUGAUCGGGGGAAUGAGGAGUGGGGAGCGAGAGGCUAAGAAGAUAAUGCGGGGAGUGCUGAAGUGGGAGAUUAAACGCAAAGGGUUUUUAGGCAAAUGAAAGAUGUUUGAAACAGAUCAUUGGAUGAGUUGAUGAUGUCAACUAAUAGUUGAGUGAAAUUGGUGUUGGUUGUAAUCAAUAGUGUGAAAAACUAAUUAAAAAAUUCUAAAAAGAAAUUGGCUAUCUUCUUCUCUCCUCCCCGGUCCUCAUUUCACAGGUCUCCAAACUUCCAAUCAUUACUUGCAAAAUAUAAGUAGUACAUGUGCAUGCUAGAAAAAAUACCUGUGUAUUUCAAAUUGUGCUUUUCAAAUCUACACCAUUUCAGAUUCCAAUUCUUGUACAGAACUACAUUCCAUAGUAAGUUCUUUUUGCAUUUGUAGCCCUUCUAUAUUUUGCAAGAAAUGUUUGGGCAAGGAUUAUAUUAUAGUGUGUAUGAUUCAGUUGCUCUGUCCAUCAAAUUAUUUUCAAAUUUAGUGGUGUUAGUUACAUUAAUGAUGUUGGCCAAUUUAGAUUAGACACAAAAACAAAAAAAACAAAAAAAUAUUAAAAGCAUGAAAUAAAAAUUACAAAAAAAGACACAUUCUUAUCAUAAAGGACCUAAUUAAAGUAUAUUACCUAGUAUAUUAAUGUUUGUUUUAAAGGUACAUGUAAGGGUUUCUAUGGAAUAUUAAGUUUUACUUUUAAAGGGAAUAUACAUUUGCAAUCAUAAAAAAAACCUACCAAUUGUUAUGAAAUACCUU